AUGCUUAAGACGAAACAGGACCUCAUUUUUUCAAUUGUAUAUGAAGGAUUCGGAAAGUUCUUUAAGCUCAAGUCUCUCAUCAUCAGCAUCCUUACCGUCCCUCCCGUUGGACAGCUACCCAACGUACUCGUCGAAACACCACUUCCCAUUGAUGCCAACGUGCGUAUGAUGUCUAACCUGCGAUUAAACGCCCGCAUGAGCUACGCAACUGACGGUCAAAACUUGGAAAUCUGCCUCGUGCCUCGCUCCCGUAUAGGGAGAGAGAAAGGCGUUGAUAUGGGCGACUGGAUAGGAAAGAACCGGAGGGAUACUGGGGAGGAAGUGCCCAUAGGCGAGAGGACGGAAUCAAGUGUUCUGGUAUCGCAGAUGCGCGUCAUGCGGUACGACUUGAAGGAGGGCGACAAACUCCGCGGAUGUCCAAUCACGGUUCAGGCUUUCUAUCCUGAUAACAAAAUGUCUAAGAAGGAAGUUUGGGCGGCACUCACAAGGCCUCUAAAGACUCAGUAA